AUGCCUCGUCCAGUCCUCCCGCCCGCUUCUUCGCUGCUGUGCCGGCGGCCUCUCCUGCGCCUGACUGCUGCUGCUGCCGCAGCCUCCCUGUCGCCGGCCCCGCCCGUCCUCGCCCUCUCCAACUACUUCAGCUCGUCUCCCCGCGCCGCCUCGUCGCUCCCGCUUCCUCUUCCUCUCGCUCCUCCGCCCUCGCUCUCGUCUUCCGCACCGCCAUCGCCAGACCAAGCACCCUUCGCCCGACAGUCGACCACCGCCGCAGCCAUGGGAGCCUCCAAGAUAGACGGCACUGCCAUCGCAAAGGCCAUCAGAGAACGCCUCAACGGCGAAAUCAAGGAGACCCAGAAGACGAACCCGCGCUUCAAGCCCUCCCUUGUCAUCUACCAAGGUACCUAUGUUCGCAUGAAGCUCAAGGCUGCCGAGGAAGCAUCCAUUAUCUGCACACACGUCCAAUUGCCAGUGGACACCCCUCAGUCUGAUAUCCUCGCCCGUAUCACAUCUGACAACAAUGACCCCUCCGUCCAUGGCAUCCUGGUUCAGCUACCUCUGCCAGACCACAUGUCCGAGCAUGCUGUUACCUCUGCUGUCGCUCCUGAGAAGGAUGUGGACGGUUUUGGUACCUUGAGCAUCGGCGAGCUGGCCAAACGUGGGGGGAAGCCAACCUUCAUCCCAUGCACGCCGCAAGGUGUCAUGGAGCUGCUAUACGCUAGCGGGGUCGAGAUUACUGGCAAGCACGCUGUUGUUCUUGGGCGUAGUGAUAUUGUUGGCAGUCCUGUCAGCUAUCUGCUCAAGAACGCUGAUGCAACGGUCACUACAUGCCAUUCCAGGACGAAGAACGUCGAAGAGAUCAUCAAGACGGCAGACAUUCUGGUCGCGGCCAUUGGGAAGCCAGAGUUCGUCAAGGCUGACUGGCUCAAGCCUGGCGUGGUGGUUAUUGAUGUUGGGACAAACUACAUACCUGAUGACACCAAGAAGUCUGGCCAGCGACUGGUUGGUGAUGUCGACUAUGCAGCCGCCGUUGAAGUGGCAUCACAGAUUACUCCCGUUCCCGGCGGUGUAGGUCCAAUGACAGUAGCCAUGUUACUGCAGAAUGUUGUCAAGUCUGCGCGCUUCUACUUUGACAAGGAGCGCAGCCGCACCAUAAACCCCCUAUCCAUUACCCCCAAGUCACCCGUACCCUCUGAUAUCGCCAUCUCUCGGUCCCAGAAGCCAAAGCCAAUCACCCAGAUUGCCUCGGAAGUAGGCAUCGCACCUCAUGAACUCGAACCUUAUGGCCAUACCAAGGCCAAGGUCAGUCUCGACGCCCUCUCCCGCUUGGGGCAUCGUCGAAAUGGUCGAUACAUCCUCGUCUGCGGUAUUACACCCACUCCCCUCGGAGAGGGCAAGUCUACCACUACUAUGGGCCUCACCCAGGCUCUUGGAGCCCACUUGAACCGCGUGGUGUUUGCCAAUGUUCGCCAGCCUAGUCAAGGCCCAACGUUUGGUAUCAAGGGAGGUGCCGCAGGUGGUGGAUACAGCCAGGUUAUCCCUAUGGAUGAAUUCAACCUGCACUUAACAGGAGAUAUACAUGCCAUCACUGCUGCGAACAACCUGUUGGCCGCCGCCCUGGAGACCCGUAUGUUCCACGAAGCUACCUCACCCGACGCCGGCCUGUACAAGCGUCUUGUUCCCACAAAGAAGGGCAAGCGUGAGUUCCAGCCGAUUAUGUUCCGUCGGUUGAAGAAAUUGGGCAUCACAAAGACUGACCCCAACGAACUUACUCCCGAGGAGAUCAAGAGAUUUGCCAGACUGGACAUUGAUCCAGAAACCAUUACCUGGCGCCGUGUCCUAGAUGUCAAUGACCGUCAUCUACGUACCAUCACCGUCGGCCAGGCUGCUACCGAGAAGGGCCAUACCAGACAGACCGGCUUUGAUAUCUCCGUGGCCUCGGAAUGUAUGGCCAUUCUCGCUCUCAGCAACGACCUGGCUGACAUGCGUGAGCGACUGGGCCGCAUGGUCGUUGCAUCAUCCCGCUCCGGUGAGCCAGUUACUUGUGACGACAUUGGUGCUGGAGGCGCCUUGACCGCCCUCAUGAAGGACGCAAUCAAGCCAAAUUUGAUGCAGUCUCUCGAGGGUACUCCUGUAUUCGUGCAUGCCGGCCCCUUUGCCAACAUUAGCAUCGGUGCCAACUCGGUGGUGGCCGACAAGCUGGCCCUCAAGCUGGCCGGUACCGAACCAGAUGAAGACCACGACUCCUCCACUGGCUUUGUAGUGACCGAGGCCGGCUUCGACUUCACCAUGGGUGGCGAGAGAUUCUUUAACAUCAAAUGCCGCUCUUCGGGCCUUGUGCCAGACACAGUCGUCAUUGUUGCUACUGUCCGAGCACUAAAGGUCCACGGCGGUGGACCGGAUAUUACCCCUGGUGCUGCUCUGCCAGAAGCCUACAGACAGGAAGACACGGAGCUGCUACGAAAGGGCUGUGUGAACCUGCGCAAGCACAUCAGCAAUGCCAAACGCUACGGAGUGCCUGUGGUGGUAGCCAUUAACGUCUUCGAGACAGACACCGCUGCCGAACAUGCCGUUAUCCGUGAGGAGGCAAUUGCAGCUGGUGCCGAGGAUGCAGUGCCAGCUAACCACUGGGCCAUGGGCGGCAAGGGAGCCGUUGACCUGGCAGAAGCGGUGAUCAAGGCAUCCUCUCAGCCCAAGAACUUCUCUUUCUUGUACGGACUGGAGGGAAGCGUGCAAGAACGCAUCACCACCAUCGGUCGGGAGAUGUACGGCGCCAGCGCGGUCGAGUUCAGUGAGCUUGCUGCACGCAAAGUUGAGACGUAUGAGAAGCAGGGCUACGGCAAUCUACCUAUCUGCAUUGCCAAAACUCAGUACUCUCUCAGCCAUGACCCAGCUCUUAAGGGAGCCCCAGAAGGCUUUGUGAUUCCUAUCCGGGAUGUCAGGCUUGCUGUCGGUGCUGGAUACUUAUACGCCCUUGCAGCGGACAUCCAGACAAUUCCCGGACUUCCUACUGCACCAGGCUACCUGAACGUUGAUGUUGACGCCGAGACAGGUGAGAUUGAUGGACUCUUCUAG